ACUGUUUCACUCCUUGUUAUAAACUUAGCCCAUUUACCGAAAUUUUAUACCUCUAUUUAUUGAAAAUGUCGCUUUCCAUGACAACUAACCAAGAGUCUCCACCAAUCUCUGAUGAUAAGAAUGACAAAGUUCGUCAUCAUUCGACUUACGUCUCAUUUGGAGACGAAGGGGUCACCGCUACUGCAAACUCUCAUGGCCACUUGCUACAGAUGACGCGCUAUUUUGGGAAUGAAGUGCCUAGAUUUUUCUGUGUCGACCUCAUUGACACUCCGCCACCAAGUUCAAUCACUGAUCGCAUGCAGAAGAUACAGGACUACUUGAGAGAGUUCGAUGUAGGAAUGAAACUUCAUAUUGAACAUCCCGGAGAUGUCGAUCCUCAUAUUUGGAAGGCAAACACAGAAACCCCAACACUGGAUUUUGUGCAUGAUCGUUGGCCACGCUUCGUUACUGCAACUCCGAAGUUUAAUCUCAGCAUCCAGUACCUUAUUUCUGAAAAGACUGUGUAUCAGAUAUAUAAUUUCAAGUUUCGUCAACGCGAAGACUUUACGAAACUUCCGCUCCUGGCUCUAAAUGCCAUGUCGCAACUUCGACAUCUCGACUCCAUCACGGCUGGCGAUGACCACGAGAAUUAUUCCGAUCAUUUAUCAACCGACAAAAAUUACAUUAUAAGAACUCGAACUAUUUGCCAGACAGCACAAAAUAAUCAGAAGACGAUAGCUUUAGUUAUAACGCCAGUGGUUAAUAAGCGCCAUCAACAACUUAAACAUAGGCCUGAAAUUGGAGACUAUCAAAUUAUUCUGGACGAAGGAGCACUGCAUCCUUUGAAGCAAGAGGGGACAUUAGAGGUUAUACUGGCUUACCGGCUUGAGUUAAUUUCUUCAAGCGAGAUAGCGCACAUGUCUCUCAUUUCUACUGAGCCCGUCACUACAGCACAGGGGUUACUGGAAAUUCCUUUCGAAACGCCAGUAUUCUCUCUGGAUAAGGAUCUCAACUUCAACAUGAGACGAAAUUUGGAGCAUAUACUGUCUGUCUGCAGUAUCCCGCUGAGUUUUGAUGUGGAUGGAAAUAACCCGUCCAUCGCCCUCACAUGUGGAGAUGUAUCUGGUCAUAGAGUCUCAGCUACAGCAAGCUUUGUAUACCAGUCGGAGAAUGCCUUCAGAGAAGACGGUUACGCUUCUAGAAUGAGAUUUCGCAUCCACAGAAUAUGCCGAGGGCAUUUAAAAUGGUUAAGCGAGAAUUUGAAGCUGGAUCAAGGAAGUUUUAGUCUCAGCUACAGGGCCAGCAGCACACCAAUAACGAACCAUGAUAACAACCCCAAUUCACUUAAACAAUCACUCAUCGAUAUAGCUUUACACAUCAUCAAAGCAGCAGAUUUUCAUCGAGCAGCCCUGGCGGACGAAAACACGAAAUUGGAUAUUGUGAACGGAUUCCGACCUAUCGUCAAAGAUUGGAUCACAAUACUUGACGCAAAAAAUAAAGGACGUCACUUCACGUUUCCAAACUUGAGAGAAGAGAUGGACCAGUGGAUAUUCGAUCUCUCUGAUCACGCUGUAAUUUGGUGGGCAAUUAAAUCGGCAGAAGAGCUCAAACUUGGUGCAGAACUUCGAGCCGACAAAAUUCCAGGAACCAACAUAUGCCGAGACAGCGUUUCUUAUUCAUCUAAGAUGGUCCGUGAAAGCAUUUUAAAAAGGUUCACAAUCGAAAAUUCAUUAUUCGAGAAGCGCAUGAUUGCAAUCUCUAGGAGCUCAAAUGAAACAAGACACUGCUCUUUCUUUGCCAUGGAACUUGGGCUAUUUGAUCAUGACGCCUUGACUAACGAUGAAUCUGAUAUCUGGCGGAACAAAUUUGAAGCUUGGGGAUGCACGGUGGAUUAUCAGAAAGAAUGUGAAGAUGAUCAAAAUGCAAAUUGGGACUGGCAUCAACCACUCCACUUUGCAUUGGCUUUAAUCAUGUCGUCGAAGAAUAAGCGAAUAAAUUCACGAAUGAUUUUAGAAAUACAGCGAGACGCGAAGAAGGUAUUACUUCAGAGUUCCUCUUCUAAUGGAUUAUUCCCUGGCCUGCUAGAUGAGAAUAAAGGGCCUGCUCUAUUUGACCACGAAGACAUGAGAGAUCCUUUCUGGUCUGCGACAUUUGAAUUGCCAUAUAUCUUACUGAAGUAUUCGACACCACAAUUGCUGCGCGAAGACCCUGGGUUGAGCGACACUGCAAGCACGCCAUCACUCCAGCUUACCAGUACCUCGAUACCGGCCGUGCCUACAGUGCCAACAACGCCCGACUCUACACAAGAAUUGUUAAACAAUGGAAAUUUACCAAUUUCUUCCUCUGGGACUCUCACCCGCUGGGAGAGUCCAUUUAUGAAACACGGCGUGUUAUUCACACAUGCCAUCGACCGGGACAAGAUUGUGGAAAUACCUGAUGAGUGGCUGUACAGAGAACCGAAAUUCUUUGCCUUUCACACUACUGUAUCUCCAAGUGCCGUUGAUGAGUUUUGUGAAAAAGCCCGCAAAACACAUCUGGAUGAAACCUCAACUUAUAUGGAUAGCAUUUCCACGACCAACACCAAAUUGCCCUCAAAAGAGACGGGCAAUAGAAAAUUUCUGGCAAGAAAUAGCAAAGCAGCAUCCCGCAGAAUCUAUACUGGCAUAUGUACUAUGAAAGUACUACAUGAGGCAGCUAUGGAGGUGGAUUAUCAGAUGCGCGAAGGCCAACCAAUGGGCCACAUCAUCGAUGUGCCAAGAGCCGGCCGUUACAAAAAGACGAAUGAGUUCAAUUCAACUCAAAUCACAUCAAGCGACUCUUUACUUAAUCAUAUCAACGAAAAACGCACCCCAAUUAUUGCAAAGAAAAGAAUUUUCCAAUUCUGUCGUACCAGCUGGAAUAUCGCCCUGAUGUGCUACCUGGCUUCGUCGGAGGCCGAGGAAAUAUCAUGCUUCUUCGACAGGCACGCGUCAAUGAGUCCAUAUUUCUUUGAAGACACAAUAGGGACACUGAAUAAGUGGGUUACUGAGCUACAUUUGCCCUUCUAUCAGCUUUUACCCCCAGAGGAAUCUUCUCGCUUUAUCAGAAAUGUCCUUCAGCCAGAAGGGCGACCAACUAUCACAGAGCCAAAAGUAAUACAAUUUCCCCAAUCCAACCUGAAGGGAGCUCAAAAAUCUUUAAUCCGCGCUGUUAUCAGUUUUAGAUUUGACGGAGACCUUCUUGACCGCUAUUGGACGUGUCACUUGAUAGAACACAGACCACAGCAGAGGGGCAGCUCGAAGGAAAUGUUCAACAUAACUACACAACCAAUUAGCGGGGCUUUGAAGUCUAAUCCUUGGAGACAGCGAAGAAUCUUGGAACUUCUUUUGUUCGACAGAAUGCUACAGGAGAUACUGAGGUGCACAGAGGAAAUUCUCAAAGAAGCAAAGGGUACAUUGAGAGCUUCCAAGGGCGUUGGACACGGUGACUGGGGUUAUGAAAGUGCAGAGUCCGAGUCAAAAUACUCAGAUAUGCAGAGCCAAAACAACAAAGCCGGAAGGGAUUUCUUCCUUUCUAAUAAUUCGCUGUAUAAAAUUCAAGAAGUUCUUCAGGAGGUAGAAGACGACUUGAAUGAAAACUUAGCAAAGAUGCAGCUCUGGAAAAGUCGGCAAGAUGGGCGUGGCCUUGAUAAGCCUAGAUGGACUCUCAAAGACGAAUACCGCUACGGAGGUGCCAUAUCAAGACUCCAAGCAUCAAACGACUUCUACAUGGAAGAGCUUGUUCGUUGUCGAGCCAAAAUUCUAGCCUUCAAUCUGCAAAUCACAAGGGAUAUCGAUGCUGCUCGCAGUGAUUGGGAGAUGCGGACUACUAAUGACGUGAGACUUUUCACGUAUGUAACAGUUGUGUUUCUUCCAACCAGCUUUGCCACUGGCGUGUUCAGCAUGAGUAAGACACCUUCACGACAUAUGCUAUUCAGCAUGAUGGUCACGGCAGUUGUCGCUCUUUUGGUAACAACGAUUGCCUUGGUUAAUGCCAAAACACUAAACGGAAUGCUGCGAUAUAUAAAAGAUAGCAUCCGGCAAGUUCUAUAUCGGUUAACUCAUCUUACUGAUGGGUCAUAUCAAUCUGCUGUUGACAGAAUACUUCUUAUCUACUCAACAAUUUUCGAGCUCAUUUUUUCCGUCGUUGGUGGUAUCCUCUACUGCCUGGACAAAUGCCAUAAACUGGCAAGUAAAUAUUUCACUUUGACGCAACAAGUGAAAUCUUCAUUCACGUCCAGUGGUUCACAUCAAGGUUUGCUUUAUUAUAGCAUUUACCUUCUCGCACGCUAUAUAUUUUAUCCUGUUGAGAGGAUUUUAUUAAGGAUUACCCCAGAUGCAGAACUAAAAACUCCCGUGGACAACUUGCACCUCGAUGAUGCUCAUCCAAUUAAGCAAGCCCAAGGCGACUUUAAAAAAGCCUGCAGCGCUGCUAAACAAGUGAAAAGCAAUCCUGAGGAGGAAAGCUUUGGAAGUUUAUUUGAUGACUUAGGUCAAAGGAACAGCGGUAACCUGUUCAAGAUUUGGCAGGAGAGGUUGAAACUUUGGCAGGAGAAAUUAGAACAGGAGAGGUUGAGACAGAAAGAAAUAAUCGUGGUUUCAGAAGUUGGCAGUAAGAGUGGUUCGUCAUAGUUCGUUACAACAGAUUCCUAAAUUUGCAUUUCAUAGGUAGUCAAUAGUAUUUGGUAUGAGCAACACAGCGUCAUGACACUAUGCAGUUAUUUACAUUUAAUAUUUCUUUAAUCACAUGCCGGUUAUAACAUGCUCCAGC